AUGCCAGAUCGAAAGCCGCGCCGUCGAAACGGGUUCCAAAAUAUCGAGUCGGCAUGGGCACAGCUCAUAGAUACGUUGAACGACAUCGAGUUAUCAGAACGCUUAACGAAAACCCAUAAUCAGCGCAUUACGAAAGUUACGGCAAAUGAGAAAACAACGAAGUCGGACGACUCUCUUAAGCGAAACAAAUUUUUGAACAAAGUAUUGGCUAUCAACCCUGACCUUCAUAAGUUAUGUGUUGUCGCUUUCUCGCAGAAUCAAAUCAGCUCCACGAAAAAAGCUGUACUUAACAAAUUGGUUGAAAGAAUUAGGGAACGGCGCGAUGGCACAAUCAUUUCUCCUGCCACGCGAUCGCUUUUGCAUCGUUCGGAAGACGAUAGGCCUAUACCACUACCCCAGGAGACCAUUGAACUACCAAAAACCCCGCCAGAACCUUGGGUCGAUUUGAGAUACGCCGAAAGAGAAGGGAUUGAAAAGGUUUUUGGACAAUACCUACUGGACAGGAUUGAGAACACGGAUCUGAGACAAAACUGGAGAGCAGUCUUCAUGCGCCUGCCGAUGUGGCCACAAGAUCUUUCUGGGCCUUGUUUUAUGUCAUUGAACCUUCGCGAAGAAAGUGUUAAAGAGGUUGCGAUGGCAUUAUUCAAGGUAGAAGUAAACUGGAGGACGAAUGCCUUUCAUAUCAAUCACGAGAACGGAUUGUUGCAGAUUAUUCCUCAUUCUCAGUAUACAAUGAAGGGCGUCUCGGAUGAGGACAUUAUCGCCGUUUUCGGGGCAGGUAUACAUGCUGCAAUCACUACAUGUAGCAUCAGAGCGAACGAGUUGAGAGAAGGGGAUAGGAGAACUAAAUGUGUAUCAAUUACUUUUUCAGAGAAGAGGACUGUAAUUAAUCUAAUACUGAGCGUAGCGGAAGGUGUCAAGAUCCAGAGUAAGCUCAGUUUGUCCGCCACAUUAGGAUAA